AUGGUGUAUCUAAAACACCAUCAUAGGUUGCGUAAAGCAUUAUCGCCCAUUUGGAAGGGCCCAUACAAAAUUAUAAAGGUGCAUAACAAGCACAACGUCACUCUUCAACUAUAUCUUAAUCUAUUUAUAUUCUAUUUCAGAAUUUUAAGCUGCCAAGUCAUCUCAGGCCUUAGCCUCGUCGAGUCGAAUAUUAUACCAAUUUAUCAUAGUCCAGGAAUUUAUUUCGAGCCUAUUUCUAAUAUAUUUUUUUAUAAUGAUAAUUGGAAAAUUGUAACCCAUAUAGAUAUUAUCUCGCUUGAACCGUAUCUUAAGAAUAUAGAAAAAGUUUUAACCAAUUCUAUCGACCUUUGUAAGAAAAUUCAAUCUGAAGACGUAGAUUCUUGUAAGGAUAUUUCUAACCCUAUUGAAAUCUUAACUAUGUCAAACUACGUUAAAUUAGAGUCACUAUCACAUAUUAUUGCUAAAAAAUCAAAUAAAACUAAAAGGUCUCUAGAAUUUGGAGGCGAAAUCCUAAAGUUCUUUUUCGGCACACUAGAUGCUGACGAUGCCCGAAAAUAUGACGCCGCUAUCGAAUCUUGCAAGAAGAGCGAGACAGAAAUGUUCCACCUUAUGAGGGACAAUAUUCAUGUGGUUAAAUCAUGGUUCUUGUUAUUUCUAUGGGUUAAAUCAACGAUAAAUAAUUUUAAUAAAACUAUUGACAAUCUAAAUAGAAACGAGAUUAGACUCAAUAAUCAAAUUAAUAACAUUAAUAAAAUAUUUUCUCAAAUUACUAAAAAUGAUGAUAUCCUCUUCUACACCUCUAAACUAAAUAACCUUCUUAAUAUAAUCGAAGGAUCUUUACUAACCAUUUCUAGCCUACUAGAUACUACAUUAAAUUCUAUUUUAUUUUCUAAAAUUAAUAUACUACAUCCUAGCGUACUUAGUAAUUUAAGGCUCUUUAACGAGUUAUCUAAAUAUAAUAAUUAUAUUAAUAAGCGACAAGACUUCCCGAUCGCGUUAAGCAUAGAAAACAUUCAUUCACUAAUUGACGUUUCUAAACUUAGUUCUUACUAUUUUAAUAACAAAAAUGUAUUUGUGUUGCAAAUUCCAUUAGUUACUCCUGAUAAAUUCAUUGUUUAUAAAAUCCUACCUCUACCUAUUCCUCAUGACGAUUUAUCGAAGACAUUUGCGUUGAUUAUUCCUACUAAUACUUAUAUCGCUUUAAGUGACGACAGAUUACAUUACGUUAUGCUGGACACUCUUGAUAAAUAUAAACAAAUUAAUCAUAACUAUUCUAUUUGCGAAUUAACUACUGUAUAUUCACCGUGUUUCGGAAGGCACGUUAAAUUGUGGGUCCCGGCUUCAACAUUAAGUAACCCAAAUUGCGAAUCCAAGUUACUGACCGAGGUCACACUUUCGAUGCCUCCAGACUGUAACUCAAAAAUAUUAUAUGGCGAAAUCGAUAUUUGGCAAAAGCUACAAAAUAAUCGAUGGAUUUAUGUACAGUCAAGGUCAACGAAAUUAACUAUAAGAUGUAAUGACGACAUUAAUGAUUAUUCUCUAACAGGUACAGGUAUUGUCAAACUGUCGACGAAUUGUAUUGGUUAUUCUAAAACUAUUCAAUUAAACCCAACUAUGUCUUAUUCUUUUAUGGUGAAGUCGCCCCUAGAUAUAAGCUUUGAUAUAACAGCUGAUGAUUGUUGUAAAAAGGACGUAUUUAAUAAAAGCUUGUUAUCAUUAGAACCAAUCCACUUAAGUAAUAUAAACUUAGACUCAUUAAAACACGCAAGUCGUGAAAUGGAUAAUUUAGAAAGCCAAAUAAAUAAUUUAGAGAAAGAAUCGCAUUUAAAGUCUAUAAUAAUUUUAAGAGUACUUCUCGUUCAGGAUGCUGUGUUCAAAUAUUUAAUCAUUGCUAUAACAAUACAGAAACUAAAUCUAAGUUUUCAAAUGCAAUUGAAAUGACAGAAGUGCCUUCUCCUGAAUCUGUGGAGGCCAUACAGCCCUAUCAAACAACAGCUGUUAUACAUAAUCGUAAGUUCCCAUCUAAUAGGAACUGAAAUAAUUAUUAGUUACUAAUUUCCUUAUUUUAAUAAUUUUAUGUUACUUAUUUAGCAUACUUUUAUAUUGACUCUAUGUUUUAGUUGUAUUUAUAUACACACAUUUUACAUUGUUUACUAAUUUCUUAUUUUUCAAUAUUUCAAU